UGUGACUGGAGUUUGAAUUGAAAAGCUAUUGCAAGAAAAUUUAAUUAAUUUAAACAAUGAAUUUAACUAGUGAUCUUAUUCGAAUACAGGGCAUUUUAUCAAAUUUAAUAAAAAACACUGGUGAAUUUACAAAAGUAAAUUAUAGGGGAGGAAAUGAGGAUGUCAUAUUAAAAGUCAUGCUAGAAAUUCAGUCAUUUUUAAAAGGCAGAAAGUAUAUUACAGAAAAAGACAUCCCAAAUACAAAUUAUGACAUGCAGCUACAAGAUAUUGUCCUCUUUCUUGCACUUAACACAUCAUACAAGCAUUCUUUGAAUAUGGAGGAAUAUUCACACCUCAUCAACAUCACACCCCCUCUAUCAAAGUGUCUCUUUGCUAAUGUUGUAUAUGGGCUAGAUCUUUGUAAGUACUAUUGUACAGUUAUUGAAAAACUGCCAAUAAAACAUAGUGUGGAACUCUUGGAUGAAGUAUCGCAGUGUUUGAAGAAGUCUACUCCAGAUAUACAUCUAAAAUAUGCCAACAUGUUCCUUACGGCUACUGCAAAUAAAAUAUCCAGCACUACUUAUUCCAGCGAGGUAGAAGAUGAUGUUAGCAACUUAUGUGAAGUAACUAAUCUAAUAUUAAUGAAUCUAUCUGGUAUGUAUACCAACCAAAUAAAAGACUGGAAAAAAGUUAAAAUCUAUAACCACAUGGGACACUGUCUGUUAGCUUUCUUUCAAUUGUUAUUAAGAUGUGAUGAAAAUUUAACACUGCUAAGACAGUUUUUGGAAAAUGUGAUGAGGUUUUGUACAUUUAUUAUUAAGAAUGUCACUGUCGAUGUCUUUAUUUCUUGGGCAGAGACAGAAGUGGAUGACGAAAACCUACAAAUGCUAAUUUCUAAUAAGGGGUAUUUAGUUCUCGAAAGAUACCAGAAGCUGCCUGAGUCUAAAGAUCUUGUAGCUGUUCUGGGGUCCUUGGCAAAGAAGCCAAAAUCAAUAACUGAGCAAAUUCAUGAAGCUGAUAUUGGAAAGAUGAUCAAUAAAAUCAAUAAAACUGACAGGGAUCAAAUACAUUGGUUCAAGGCUUUGAUCAGGACUCAGAUUUUUGAAAAUGAGGAAUCUGCAAAAUGUGUCAAAAAAUGGUACCAUUUAUGUGAUGAAGAAGAUGUAUCCCAGCUCCUAAACUGGUGUGUCCAAAAGAAGACCCCACAGUCGGUAGAGCUUACAGUAAAAUGCUUAUCUACAUUGGACCUGGAAAAACUAACAGCUGUAGCGACGACAUAUUUCUACAAGAACAAAUUCAUCAAAUUGCAAGCUUCAGAUGUAGCCAAAACUCUGAGAUCGCUGUUAAACAAAGCCAAAGAAGACAGUGAUGUGGAAAAUGAUCUGGCCAAAGAUAUUUUAAUACUCUUUAUGCAGCAGCCCGUAAUUGUACUGCCCUAUUUAUACGAAGAAUGCAUCAAGAACAGCUUUUACACCAAUGUUUUGAAGAAGACCUUCGAGGUUUUGAAAGAUAUUAUCAAGAUUGAUAAUAUCGGAGUGACAACUUUGCUUGCCGUGUUUGAUAGCCAGCCUCCAAAUGAGCACACCAUUAACAACUGUAUACAAUUGUUUAAAAAACUUAUGGAGAUAGGAAUUUUUAACAAUGAUGUAGUCCUGACGAUUUUAGGUUCAAUGUUAAAGAAGCAUCAUGAGGAAGGAAGGUUGGAAGAAGUAGAUUUGGUGCUACAAAUGUUUUUGGGGGAUUAUUUAUCCCUUCCAAUAAUGGAAGAUACUAAAGAACUACUAAAACUUAUAUUGACCAUUAUGAAUAAAAAUCGAUGUACUUUUUUGACAUUCGACAGUCUGAAGAUGGAAAUUGUUAGACAUACAGUGGAUAUCUGUUGUGACGUGUUUAAACCUGGUUAUAAUUAUGAAGUUGACAUUACUAUAGAUGAUGAAGAUCAUUUUACAAGACAUUAUAGAACCUUCCUCAUAUCUGGCAAACAACAGAAACUCUCUGAUGAUAUUUGUGGGGAUUUUAAGACGGACCAAUCCAAUUCAAACCUAUAUGGGUUAUUAAAGGCUCUUCCGUCAGCAGUGAAUAGAGAAUGGUUGCAAUUAGUCCAAGAAAACGAUCGAAGUGAUCAGAGUUGAUAAAUGUCUAGAAGUUGUAACAGAUGUUAUGAUUCUAUUGGCGCAAUUGGCCGAAACACAAGAUGUUUCCAACCAAUCCAUAUACUCUGCCUUAAGAUAUUGUUUACGAAAUUACGGCCUUGUGAUGCAACAAAAAUUCCUUAACACAACCAUAGAAACAGAAGCUGAGGUCAACCGACAGGUGUGCAAACUACUGAUUAUUCUUAAAGAACCUGUGAAAGAAGAAGAAGGACUAUCCUUAGUAAACCUGCUUACUGAGAGAUCCCUAAAGUCACUAGUUGAAAAUAAAGACUUCCUAUGCCAUUUAAUUUUAAUAAAGAACAACAGGUUGGCCCAAGUGUUGGCUCAGAAGAUGACUCAAUAGUUUUUUAUGUAGUUGAUACAAACCAAAUGUGAACGCUCAUUGUAUGCUGUAUGUAUGUUUUUUUUUCAGGUUUUAUAAUUUUUUUUUAAUAAAAUAUAAAAACAAUUGUUAAAAUUAAACACAUUUUAUUUCAUUAAUACCACUGGUACAAAAAUAGAUACCUUUUAUUCAACAUUUUAAAGGUUGCUGUUUGGUGUGAGAGCCAGAACAGUGCGAAUGCUG